UGUUUAAAAGGGCUGCAAUGCAACCCCUCGGUAAGCCCAGGCCUGCAACCAUGCCUCAGCUCAGAAACCUGCCGUACUACGCCCUGUAUCUCUUUACCUGGCCAUACUAUGGGACUCUCGUGAGAUAUACAAUCGAGCCCCUCGAGCGCAUCUCCGCCCCUCAAAAGGAUCUGCUCGAGCUAAGCGAGCGAGUGCGAGACUUUGCGCUGGGAAAGGGCGAGGAGCUCAAGUACAUCAGCUUCGCCGCGACGAUAAAUACAGCUCUUACAGUGGCAACCUGGCCCCGACUGGAUGGCUCGCCAUGGGCUGUCUCUGCCCUCCUCUACACAUCGCUCUUCUUCACCAUCGGCGCCCUCGUCACCGGCUCCCAGCACCUCAUGUUCUUCCACAAGAUGUGCCCCUCCAAUAACCACAGUAUGGCCGACGGUCCAUGCGAUGCCGGAAUGCACAACAUGUUCCAAGUCGCGCGGGCGCAGUUUCUGGAUGCGCGCAGCCGCUCAUGGACUGUGAUAUUCAGACCAGAGGUUGGAGGAGCGACCGACAGUCUCCUGCUGCACAGGUCGAUAAACCCCAGCAUGGUUCUGACAUGGCAGUGUCCUAUUGCACUGAUGGCCUGGUCGUGGGUUUCAUACUCGGUUUCGAUCGUGGUGUUGAUUGCGAAGCCUUUUAUGGUGGCCAACGACACUGACGAGCGAAAGACUGCGAUAUUUGGUUUAACUGCGGGCGCGAUGAUGUUCAUCGCGUUCUUGUGGUCGUCGUGGUUCACAUUCCAGACUGCGCGGAGCUUCAAGAACGUCAACACUUAUCGUGGGCUGCCAAAGUAGUCUUGUAUUAUGCCUUUUAUUUCUCUUUAUAUCUUGCAUUUUAGCGUUAUGCCUUGAUGACCUUGAUGAGUCGCAUUUCCAG